AUGUCCCCCGAACAAGCAGUCAUAGUCAUCGGCUCCGGCCUCGCCGGCCUCUGCGCCACCACGCAGCUCAUCGCGCACCGCAUUCCCGUCAUCAUGCUCGAGCGCGCCGCCAAACCUGGAGGUAAUAGCAUCAAAGCCUCCUCAGGCAUCAACGGCGCGCCCACGCGCUUCCAGCCCCCACUGCAAAACGACAGCGCCGAUCUCUUUCUGGCCGACACGCUCAGCUCCGCCGGCCGCCCAUUGGCUAGCUCCGUCGCCGAGGAGCGCGCACGGCGCGAGAGGCUGAUCAGCACACUGGUCACCACUUCUUCUGAGGCAGUCUCCUGGCUCGUUGACGAAAAAGGCGUUGACCUUAGCACAGUCGCGCAACUAGGCGGCCAUAGUCGGGCGCGCACGCAUCGCGGUGGCGCAGGACAGAAGCCGCCGGGAUAUGCGAUCGUGAGCGCCCUGCUGGAUUCACUGAAUCAGGAGCCGCUGUUUGAGUUGCGGACAAAUACACGUGUCACGAGGGUGGUGAGAGCAGAGGGAGACAGCGAUGACACGGAGGGGAUGCUAGGGGUGGAGUAUGAUGCCGGGCGGGAGGAUAACCAGACCGAGACGUUGUAUGGACCCUUGAUCUUUGCGACGGGCGGGUUCGCUGGCGACACUCAUGGGUUACUCGAGAAAUAUCGCCCGGAUCUGGCGGGGAUCCCUUCAACGAAUGAAGCCCGCGAGGGCACGCAGCCGCUGCUGGAGGAAGUCGGCGCCGAAGUCGUUGAUAUGGACCAGGUACAGGUGCAUCCGACCGGGUUCGUGGAUGAGAAGGACCUCACGGCCCCGGUGAAGUUUCUGGCUGCUGAGGCACUGAGAGGGGAAGGGGGUAUACUGCUUGUUGGCGAAGGGAAGAGGUUUGUUGAUGAGCUGGACACACGCGAGAAAGUCACUGCGGCUGUCAUGAAAGGCGCGGGUCCUCUUGAGGACACGAGUCGGCGGCAGUGGGAUGUCACCCUUCUAUUAGAUGAGGGGGCGGCGGCAGCUUCGAAUACUCAUCUCGGUUUCUAUCUGUGGAAGGGGUUGAUGCGCAAAACCACGGUCGGCGAGCUUGCUCUUCCUUCCAUUCGCGACACACUCCAGGAUUACGCUGAGGUGGUGUCUGGGAAAAAGCCCGACGAUUUUGGGCGGUCCUCAUUCGGUAACUGGACACUAAAGGAUGUGAGGUCGGAUUCGGUGGUCUACGUAGGAAGAGUCACGCCUGUGGUCCAUUUCACCAUGGGAGGCGUGGUAAUCAACGAGCACAGUCAAGUGCUGGACAAGAGCGGCUCUCCUAUCAAGGGUCUCUGGGCUGCAGGUGAGAUCACGGGCGGACUUCAUGGACAGAAUCGUCUAGGAGGUUCUUCACUCCUCGAAUGCGUUGUCUUUGGCAGAAUAGCCGGUGAAAAUGCGGCUGCCUUCCAUCAACAGCACUAG